CCGCGCACAGCUGCUGCUCGGGCGGGACCCAGGCUGGACCGCGGGCCCCGGCCUGGGGGGCCACAGCUGCCACCGCUGCCGCCACCUCGUCUCCUCCCCGUCCCCGCCCCGCCCCGCGUCUCCUCGCCUCACUCGGGCCGGCGGCCGGGGUCCUUCCCCGCCGCCCCAGCCCGCGCGGAUGCCGAAGGUGAAGGCGCUGCAAUGCGCCCUGGCGCUGGAGAUCCGCUCUGUAACUUGUCCAGGAGUGGUGCUGAAAGACAAGGAGGACAUCUAUCUUAGCAUCUGUGUGUUUGGCCAAUACAAAAAGACACAAUGUGUCCCAGCCACUUUUCCACUGGUCUUCAAUGCCAGAAUGGUGUUUGAAAGGGUGUUCCCUGAAGCAGUAGACCCAGGAGAUGUGGUUGCACAGCUUGAAUAUGAUACAGCAUUGUUUGAGUUGAUUCAGCUGGUUCCACCAGUGGGUGAAACACUGUCUACAUAUGAUGAAAAUACACGAGAUUUCAUGUUCCCGGGUCCUAACCAAAUCUCUGGACACCAUGAUUCAAACCGCCAGGUUACCAUGAGGAGGAUUUCUGGCCUUCGAGGAAUUGCUCCAAAGCUGGAAUUUUCUACAACCUCAGUGAUUACUGAAUGUCUGAUAAGUUCAAGGAAGUGCCGCACUCAGGAUAAGUAUAUUUACCAUCCUGCUCCAUUGGAAAAAUCACACAGCAAACUGCAAAGCCGAACAUCAAGGUCACAGAAGAAAAAGUCCAAGUCACCUGAGAGAAGUAAAUAUUGCGUAAAUGCAAAAAGCUACGAACAGCCUACGAUUUCUUCAAAAUCACACUCUCCGUCUCCCUACACAAAAAGACGCAUGUGUGAGCUAUCUGAAGACACCAGGCGGCGGCUGGCCCAUUUAAAUCUGGGGCCCUAUGAAUUCAAAAAAGAAACAGACAGACCUCCAUUUGUGAUUAGACAUGUCGAUCCCCCAAGUCCCAGGGCCGAUACUUUAUUUGGAUCUUCUGGCAGAGACUGUGAAAGAGAUGGAUGGUCCAAGAUGCACGAUGAUCAUUCUCACCUUGGCUGCUACCGACCCAAGGAUUAUAAGCAGAUUAUCAGGACACCCCAUGGGAGAGACUUCGAUGACUCUUUGGAAAGGUGUGAUGAGUAUUUGAGCCCCAGGUCAUGUAGCAAGUCCCAGCACUCAGCCAGGACGUUACUUGUGCAUUCAGCACCCUCAACAGCACCAAAGCACUCUACAAGUCCCGUGUUAACUCGAGCUUCUCUCAGGGAAAGAUUCCAUUCUGAUUGGUGUUCACCUUCAAACUGCGAUGAGAUCCAUGACCGGGUAAAAAAUGUCUUGAAAUCACAUCAGGCUCAUCAAAGACAUUUAUAUGAUGAGAGAGACCCAGAGAAAGAAGAAGAGCUGGAACUGAAAAGAGGUCUUUUAUACAGAGACUCUGCCUAUGACAGUGACCCCGAGUAUAGCUCACUUCAGCGGCCACAUGGUACUCUCCAUUUGGAUGAUGGCGAAUACUGGUCCAACAGGGCAGCCUCUUAUAAAGGAAAAUCCCACCGACCCAUCUUUGAGAACAGCAUGGAUAAGCUAUACAGCAACUUAUACAAAAAGGCCUGUAGUUCUGUUUCUCAUACACAGGAAAGCUUCUGAGACCAUCCAUGAUAAACUGUAUGAGUGUUUGUGUCAACCUCUCAAUGAAAACAUUUAAUAUGAUCAAUAACUGUAUUCCUUUUUUAAAAAACACAACAAAACCCAGCUGGUUCUAAUUGAGUACAAUAGUUAGACUUGAAUAAGUUCAUCACUUUAAAUAGUAAUAAAUUAUCGUGGGCAAGCCUUUUUUUAAUCACAGAAGAGAGUGCUCUGUUCCAAAAGUCAAAGCUCUGUAACCGUCACAACGUCCCAUCUGAUCAUGAGAAGGAUGUUCUGUCACACGUGUCUCAUGUCACCGUCUACAGAUCCAAGAAUAGACUCGCUCCAGAAAUGCUCUUCUGCCGUAAUCACCUCAUCAUUUCCUUUUCAUAUGCUUGACUGGUUAUCUUGUCUGAGUAAGAUUUAAUUAAUAUUAACUCCCUUUUCUUGAUAAUGAGCAAAAAGAUAUACUGUACAGAAAUGAAUUUCCCAAGACUUUAAACCCUGUUUUAACUGGUAUUUUUACAUUUUUCUCCUCAGAAAAGGCUAUUUCUAUUUCUUAGCACAUAAGAAAUAACUUUCUUUUUAAAGAUUAUAUAAUCAUUCACUCCUUCUUCUCUAAAAGAACUACCUACGUUACCUAAAAUGCAUAACAGUUAGCUAGAAAUAGCAGCAGCCAUGUAUGACCCAAAAUGUGAAUAACUUAUUUUUAAAGAUAGAAUUCUUUGCCUGAUUUUUUUCUAGGGCUAUAUCUUUUGGUGCAAAUAGAAUCAGAAAAUAGCCAUUGUUAGUAAGUGUGCAGAGACUCAAAAAAAACCAAGGGAAUUGUAUUGUAAUUUAUUUAGAGUUUUCUUAGGUGCUGAAUGGCCCCCCAAAAUAAUACCUUACUUUAAAGAACACUUGGAACCAUAGAGGGGAAUAAAAGAUAGCAGAGCUCUUUAUAGUAGGUACUGGAAAGUUUGUUGGUUGAUAAAAUUAGCGCCUUCCCCACCCCCUAAACACACACCUGUGAGGCCACUGAGGCCACUAAAACUUUGAAGAUAUGAAGAAAUCAGUUACCUCACAUUUACCUAGAGGGUGAGUAGAGGGGAAGCAGAGAAUAGGAAAUAUGUAAACUUAGCUUAUAAGCUUCAAGAGUUGACUACAAGGUAAUGUUUUUCUCAUUGACUCCAUCUUUGGCUAAUUCUGCUCUGAGUCAAAAAGAAAAAAAAACAAACUACAUUUAAAUUGAAUUUAUAAAAGUGGGUGACUUAUUUUUGUAUUAGAAAAUAUAAUACUUGCAAUCUAAUAAUUGGACUUUUAGACUUUAUAUUGCGUGUUUUAGUAUGGCAAUCUGUGAUAGAUCAGAAAAAUGCAUCGGAGAUAGGAGCCAGGAGUACUAGGCUCUGCUUCUAUCUCAGCCAUUUUCUAGCUGAGUCUGAUCCUCUGGUCCUUAGUUUCCAUCAGCUAUCAAAUGAAGAGACUGGAGUAGAUCAGCAUUUCCCGAACCGCAUUCUGUGGACCACUGUUCUUGGAGAUGGUUGUAGAAAUAUAAAUACAAGUAUUUCAUUGUUCAUAUUAGUUUGGGAAAAUCUGUGCACAAUAUUCACCCUCCUCCCCAACUUACAGAGUCAUAGGUAGGAUGACAGGAGUGACAAAGGGGUGCUAUUAAUGCUGAACCGACAGUUGUAAACCAGGGCUGUCCCGGGAAAACCAAGACAUAUGGUCAUCAUAGUCAUCGUAAACACAAGCAUGUUGGAAGCUCUAAAAGAUCCUGGCAUAAACCUGUUCUGCUGUAGCAUCUAGUAGAGAGCCUGGCAUUAGGGGGUGCUCAUUAAAUAUUUAUCGAUGUAACCCAGAAUUUCCUAAAUGAAAUUGAGCGAGUAGCACUGUUUGUUGUUAUGUCCAUCUUCCCCCUCCUGUUUUGUCUUCCUCAGCUUCCCUCACUCCCUCUCAGCUGUCAUCCUCAGGUGCACACGCACACCAGUGGGGGAAAUGCUAGACUACACGAUCACUGAUUACCUCUGGCUGUAGGUUACAUAAUGACCUUUUGUACAAUAAGCUUUUGAAGGUCAACAAUGAAUAAUGCUUAAAAAAAAAUGUAUCCUCAGUGGAAGUUAGUAUUUUGGGGUUUUGUGUGUGUGUGUGUGUGUGUGUGUGUGUGUGUGUGUGUGUGUGUGUGUGUGUAGACAAAUGAAAAACAUUUAAAAGUUACUGCUUGGUGAAAAGAACAAAUACGAACUUCAAAGAAAAUGUUUUGCUGCCAUAGAAAAUCUCUCGAGUGAAUAGUACCACAAAAUUACUUGUGUCUAUACCUUCCACUGGCUAUGACAAAGGCCACACAAAAAAAGCGUGUCAAAGGGGAACUUCAGAAAGUGAUAUUCUGAAAGACAUUGUCCUGUGGGUUAAAUCUGAGAUCAGGUGCAUGUUUUCAGAUAUGUAGUAUCUUGGCCUAGUGUCUGAUUAUUUCCAUUCCCUUGGAGAAGGACUGGUUUCUGUUGCUGUCCAUAAUUAUUCCUGUGAAUUCUUAUGUUGUAUUAUCUUUAAAGAGUAAAACCUUUAACUAUGUUAAUAGUUGUCUUUUCUCAUUGGAUAGAAGCAAUUGUUUAUUUUCUUAACCUUUUUUUUCUAUAUUUCCCACAAUCUUGUCAUAGUUAUUGGACUUAAUAUGAAAGAUAACUAGGUCUUCUUCCUUACAAUAUAUUUUUCUUUAAAAUUAAAAAAAGAUUUUACAAAGGAAAAUGUUAAUUCAACUAAGAAAAAAAAAUGAAUCAUUUAACUGAAAGUGAGUUCUCCCUGGUUCUACUACUAUUUGUAUAACCUUUUUAAGUCAUUUUUCCUUCUUGGAGCUCAGUUUUCUUACCUACAGGGUGAUGCAGAGGUUAAUUUAGAAUGAUCUUUAAAUGUUCCAACAUUUCUAUAACUGUUUAACUGUUUAACUGGGAAAUCAGGAAGCUCUGGAAACAGAGUUAUGCUGAACAUUUGUGUACAAGUCUUUGUGAGGGACAUAGAUAUUCAAGAAAAUGCAUUUGCUAUAUUUCUAUGGAUUGCCUCCACAGAAGUACUAAACAUAGAAAAACAAGUACUGCAUGAUUCCACUUAUAUGUAGUAUCUAUAACAGUCAAAUUCAUAAAAUCAAAGACUGGAGUAAUGAUUACGAGGUGAUGGGGCAGGGGAUAAGGGGGAAUUAAUGAACAGGCAUAUCAUUUCAGUUGAGUGAUAUGAAUAAGCUCUAGAGAUCUGCUGUGCAACAUUGUACUUACAGUGAAAAAUAAUGUAUUAUACACUUAAAGUUUAUUAAGAGGAUAGAGAUCUUGUUUAGUAUUCUUACCACAAUAAAAUUAAAAAUUAAAAAAAAAAAGGACUGAACAUGAGUGAGUGAGGUAAAUCAGGGUUCCUGAACUCAACGAGCUCACCUGGACUAUUGAUGGACGAUCAGACAAGGGAACAUAGAUAAGAUACACUUAUCUAUGGAUUUCCUCAUCUUCACCCUAUUCUGUGUAGGCUCUUCCACCCAGAAUAUAUUUCUUUACCUUUGUAGCCCAAGCACCAUAAUCUGGGCAUAUCCUUAUUGUAGCACUUAACAAAAACUGAGUUAUCAAUGACUUUCUUAAGUGUCUUUCUCUAUUGGUUGAGGGCCUUGUUUACCUCUGCUUUUAUAGCACACAGCAGACAUAACAAUGUUUGUCAAAUGACUGCAUGAAAGAAAAAAAAUACAUGAAUACACGAAGGACCCCCAAAAACAACGCAAAGCCUAACUCUAUCUGGAUAUAAGAAAUAAGAAACCCUGACAAGACUGUUGCUAUCAGCUAAUCCAUAUCUACCUGUAGCCAAAGAGAUAAAAAUGGAAAAGAUAAGAAAAAAAUCUUAGUUGUAUCAUGGUCCUCAAGAAUGAAGGUAUGGUUCCUCCGUUGAGAGAGUGUUUCUGUAGUGAAAUCUUUUUCUGAAAGAGUACUUUUAAAUUAAGAAAAAAAGAAGUCAUAAUAGGACAGCCUGGCUUUUUGUUUUCUGUUCCUUGGCUACCCAACUAAGAUAUACAGUGUCCAGGGCCAGCUACUAAACCGCUACUGCAAAGGGUGAUAAGUAUCUGGUAGGCAGUGGACCAGGAAAGCAAUUUUCUGCAACUGUUUACUCACUUUAUAUUCCAAUGCAGUUUAAAUCCCUUCUAUGAAAUGCAAAUUUCUUGGUUCCCAAGAUGAGCCUUAAAUAUUUUCUUUCCCAAUGUCUAAUCUUUUGUCAUUCACAAAGCAGUGCGUUUUUGACUAAAGGAUUGAAUAAUUCCCUGUCUUCUAGCAUUCAGAUGUAACCAACUUAAUCUAGAAACUAUGGCUCUCUUGAUUAAUUAAGAAUUAGUAUAAUAAGUAAGGUAUCAUGUGAAGCAAAACUGUCUCAAUGAAAUGCAGUCUUUUUUCUGUUGUACUAAUAUCUUAAAUCUUAGUAUGUUACAUUCAAGCUAUGAUAAUUCACUUAAAUGAGCCUGAUAGAAGAAAAUGUAUUUGGCUCUAAUCUGUAUAGUAUAUGAAAUUUUGCAGGUUUUUUGAGGGGGCAUGGUGUUUUGUUUUGUUGUUUUCCUUCCCAUCCCCAUCUAGUGUCAUCUUUAAAGUUUUUAAAACAAGGGAAUUGAAGUAGUAAUACUAAGGACCAUUGUUUGUACUUGGUGAUUUACAUACACUAUUUUAUUUGAUCUUCACAACAACUGUGUGAGCAAGGGUAGCUAUAAGUCAUCUCAGUUUUCCAGACUAGGCACCUAGGGAUGAGACUGCUGUGGUUUGCCCGUGAUAAACACAGCCAGUAAAUGGUAAAGCUUGGAUUUGAAUCUAACCCCAACUGUGCCUCUCAACUAGAUAAGUGGUUAAAAAACAGCUUUUUACCAUUCCUAAGUUUUUGGGUUUUUAAAAUUUUUUCAAUUACAGUUGAUGUUCAAUAUUACUUUAUAUUAG